GGCACGCCCACUGAAGGCGACCGAUGACGUAGGCACGGCGUAUGCUGUCAAACGGAAAAAAAAUGGCGUCGGUGUCAGACAUGUACGAUGUGGGUUGGGAAGAGAUGAGAGACAAGCUGCGUAAAUGGAGAGAAGAUAACUGCAGGAAUAGUGAGCAGAUUGUGGAUGUUGGUGAUGAGCUGAUCAGUGAACAUUCAUCUAAACUAGGAGAUGACGUGUGGAUUAUUUAUGAGCAGGUGAUGAUUGCAGCGCUGGACUGCAGUCGGGAUGACUUGGCUCUGACCUGUCUACAGGAACUGAGGAAGCAGUUCCCAGAUAGCCACAGAGUGAAGCGGUUAUCGGGCAUGAGGCUGGAAGCUCUGGAAAGGUAUGAUGAAGCCAACAAGCAUUACGAUGCCAUUCUCCAAGACGACCCCACCAACACGGCAGCAAGGAAGCGCAAGAUCUCCAUACUGAAGGCCCAGGGGAAGAGCGCUGAAGCCAUCCGGGAGCUCAAUGAGUAUCUGGAGCAGUUCGUUGGGGAUCAGGAAGCAUGGCAUGAGUUGUCAGAGCUCUACAUCAACGAACACGACUAUGGAAAAGCCGCGUUUUGUCUGGAGGAGCUGAUGAUGACCAACCCUCACAAUCACUUGUACUGUGAGCAGUACGCCGAGGUGAAGUACACUCAGGGGGGGCUGGAGAACCUGGAGCUGUCCAGGAAGUAUUUUGCGCAGGCGCUGAGGCUGAACAACCGAAACAUGAGGGCAUUGUUUGGUCUUUACAUGUCGGCAAGUCACAUCGCCGCCAGUCCAAAAGUUAGCGCCAAGGUGAAGAAGGACAAUAUGAAGUACGCCGCCUGGGCCGCCGCUCAAAUAAACCGAGCCUAUAAGCUGGCCGGUCACGGGACCAAGGAGAGCAAAUGCUCCAUGAAGGCGGUGGAGGAGAUGCUGGAGUCCAUGCAGAUCACCAUGUCCUAGGCGACCUCGUCUCCGCCUCCCUCCCGCCCUCCUGUUCCCACACGACCACUUGGAGAGACACGGCAGCUCAAACAGCCUUGCAAUGUGACCAGAACCAGAUCUCUAACAGAUUAUUCUUAUUUCCCUCUCUGGACGAUGGAAGACAUUGGUUUGACUCAAGAUUUCCUCACCCAUCUGGAACACGCAACAGCGGAUUAGAAGUAUUUCAAUUUAUUUAAACAUGUUGUACUUAAUAUUAACCCAGCUGUGAUUCCCUGUGUGACUGGAUUGUCUCUUUUCUAACCUAUAUCACUAAUUAGUAAAUCCACAUCAAGGCUAUAGCUGUGUGAGCAGAAAAGAUGAGCUAUUUAUAGAGACCAUGUGGAGACGCUACCUGUCUGCACUGGGUCCUUUACUGUUUCUGUGCUGUAAAGUAUCUUUGAUCAUUUUUUUUUGCUUAAUCUUCUAAAAUGUUUUAAUAAAAGUAGAACUGAUUACCAACACA